AUGGCCGCUGUGCUCCUUCGCGAAGCGUUGCCGUCACUAGACGAGCCGAUUGUAACGUACUUGGACCAGUAUAUACAGGAUGCAGGCGAGGAUCCGGACGUGUCUGUAAUGGAUGACGUUGUGCGGCCGAUGCUCGAGUCCGCUGUACUUAGCGAACCGUCCACGUCGCACGUGCGCCAAAAUCUGCCUUUGCUCCUCGACAAGCUUGAGAAACUAGUCGAGGAGCGUGAAGCAAGUGGCUCUCAGCAUAAUCGGCUAACGCGCCUUGAAAAGGUGGUUGAUAUGCGCAGCGCAGCGAUGAGCAGCACGUCGACUUACGAUACGGGCGCUUCCGGUAUCGACUUGGCGUUGGGCAAGUCAAGCCGCAAUCGCACGACGGUCGAUGUAAAGAAGCUGGAGCGCCAAGAGGUCAAGACACGUGCAAAGCUUGCGAAGCGCGAGCAGCGUGACUUGUACGAAACGAGCAAGCUGGUUGAUCAGUCCAAGAAGAUGGCCAGCUACGAAGAAAUGUACUUGCGCGUGAAUCCGCUGCAGUCGAUCAGUGCGGGCGCCGCAAAAGGCAAAAACAAGGAUGUUUAUUUGCCCAAUAUCGACGUAAACUUUGGCAGCAACCGUAUUCUUUCCAACGCCGAGCUUACGCUUGCGCAUGGCAGGCGCUACGGUUUGGUUGGUCGAAAUGGUGUUGGCAAAAGUACGCUUUUGCGGCACAUGUCGUUGCGCGACGUGCCGAUUCCUACCAACAUUUCCAUUUUGUACGUGGAGCAAGAGGUUGUGGGAGACGAUACACCUGCGGUCCAGGCCGUGCUCAAGGCUGACGUGUGGCGCGAGCGGCUCCUUGCGGAGGAGGUACACCUCAACAACGCUUUGCAGGCGCUAGAAGACGCGACCAAUGCAUCGGCUCAAGCUUUAAAAGAAUCCGGCGAUGCGGGCAGCGCUGUUGACUUGCCGACGCGCGAGCGCGAAAACCAACGCGACGAGCUCUCUGCGCGCCUGGGUGAUGUACAGGCGAAGCUCGUAGACAUGGAGGCCGAGACGGGCCCAAGCCGCGCUGCCGCUUUGCUCAAUGGUCUCGGUAUUGUGGGAAAAGAUCAGGAGAAGCCCACACGCUUCUUUUCUGGUGGCUGGCGCAUGCGUCUUGCACUGGCCCGUGCGCUGUUCUGCAAGCCUGACUUGCUCAUGCUCGACGAGCCGUCGAACAUGUUGGAUUUGAACGCGAUUGCAUGGCUAGAAGACUACCUUGUGAAUGAUUGGAAAGGCACACUCUUGGUCGUCUCGCACGACCGCGCAUUUUUGAACCAGGUGGCCACUGACAUCGUGCACAUGCACUCGGAGCGUCUUGACUACUACCGCGGCAACUUUGACCAAUUCUACGAGACGCGCGAUGAGCGCAGAAAAAAUCAGCAGCGCGAAUACGAAGCAAACGAGCAGAAGCGUGCGCACCUGCAGGCAUUCAUCGACCGCUGGCGCUACAAUGCAAAUCGCGCAUCGCAGGCGCAAAGCCGUAUCAAGGAGCUCGAGAAACUGCCCGUGCUGGAGCCGCCGGAGAAAGAGCAGGGCGAGCACUUUACGCUACCCGAGACCGAAGGCAUUAGCCCGCCGCUCCUACAGCUUGACGACGUAUCGUUUGGCUACACGCCAGACCAUAUUCUGCUCAAGCAUGUCAAUUUCGACAUUACCAUGGACAGCCGCAUUGCGCUUGUAGGCAGCAACGGCGCCGGCAAAUCCACCUUGAUGAAGUUGCUUAUCCAGCAAAUCAAUCCACUGAGCGGCGAUGCAAAACGCAACGCGCGCUUGCGCAUCGGCUUCUUUUCGCAGCACCACAUUGACCAGCUUGACCUGAGCAUGAGCCCUGUCGCAUUUCUUGCCUCGCGGUUCCAGGGCCGUUCGGAGCAAGAGUACCGCCAGCACCUGGGCUCGUUUGGCAUCACCGGCACAACAGGCCUGCAAAAGAUUGCUACGCUCAGUGGUGGACAAAAGAGCCGUGUUGCUUUUGCGCAGCUGAGUCUUAUGCAGCCGCACGUACUCCUGCUUGAUGAACCUACAAACCACUUGGAUAUUGAAGCGCUGGACGCGCUCAUCGACGCAAUUAAUCGCUGGAACGGUGGCGUGAUUGUGGUGAGCCACGACGAGCGCUUUAUCAACAGCUGCUUGAAAGAGAUGUGGGUAUGCGAGAAUAGGACUGUGCACAAGUUCUACGGCAGCGUCGCCGAGUACAAGCGCAUCAUUGUGGAGAGCAACAAGCGCAAACAGGAAGAUGCGAUACGCAAUGGGUCGUAG